UCGGCUCCCUCACUCUCUCUCUCUCGCUCUCUCUCAGUCUCACCAUCACUCACUCACCAUCUCACAGUCUCUCUUUCUCACUCUCUCGUUUCUGGCAGCCGAUCAUUCAACAUGGAAACUUUCUGCACCGAUCACUCUCUUUCUCAUCUCAUCGCUCCGAUAAUCAUCGCACAGCCGAUCAACUACUUCACAGUCUCACACUCACUCUCUGGUUUUGCAUCUCUGCAUCGAUCGACUCACACACAGGUUAUUGCAUACACGGGAAACGAUGAUGCCGGGAAGUUUGUAUUGGACAGUGACUUGACCUUAAGCAGCAUUAAGGCCUGUACCCACUAUGCCCUGGGAACAACAGACAUACGGCAGUACUAUUGGAGGUUAUGGUUCCGGUUUGAAUUAUAAUUCUGGUUAUGGUUCUGGAAUGUAUGGCUCAUCAUAUGGUGGAUUGGGAGGGUCUUAUGGAGGGGGGUUGUAUGGAAACAACAUGUAUCGAGGAGGUUAUGGUGGUGGGCUUUAUGGAGGUUCUGGCAUGUACGGAGGGGGUAUGUACAAUGGUGGUUUUGGAGGCCCAAUGGGUGGUUAUGGGAUGGGCAUGGGGGUUCCUAAUGGCAAUCAAGAUCCGAAUAAUCCAUUUGGUGCUCCGCCAUCUCCACCAGGGUUUUGGAUAUCAUUCCUGCGGGUGCAAAGAAAGGGAUAAUGGUUUUUGCUCUGCAUGAGGAGCCUGAUCUCACAGAGCUAGUUGGGGAUUUCAAAGUUCAUAUUCAGAUCACCAAGGAGACUGCUAGUUGGGGAUUUCAAAGUUCAUAUUCAGAUCACCAAGGAGAC